UGCGUUUGUUGGUUAUGGACUCGGCGUUCAAAAUAUGCUAAAAAGUUGAAACUGUUCAUCAAGAAAAACGGUCAUACAAUAAUUAUUUGGGCUUGUUGUUUCGUUGAAGCAGCUUAUGUAGUUUUAUAACUCAAACUAGAGUGAACUCACAAUGCCCAGUGUUUGAAGUUAUUUUUAGUAUUGAAAGUAUCACACUACACAUACAGAAUGCCGGAUAAAUUAGCCAAAUCAUCACCAACUCCUAAAGUUAAGAAGGGGAAAUCUUUAGCUAUGAAAUUGGGAUUUAAAAGUUCUAAAAAGAAUGGAGUAAAGGAGAAGGCAACGAAGCGCCCAGGAAGAAGUAAACCAGGGUUCUCUCUGUAUACACCAGAAUCUGAUGAUAAUGUGACUGCUAUGAAUAAUGAUAUUGAUAAAUGUGCUAAUAUUUUAAACCAAUUAAUAGCAACUAAACAAGACAAACAAAAGAAAUCAAGUAAGAAAUCAACCAAUAAGACGGAAGUAAGAAGUGAUUACAUAUUAAUACCAACAGGAAAUGAAGAAAUGUCUUUGAAUCGAGAAUCGAAUGGUGUUGUUGUAAAAGAAACUAUCACAGAUAUAAAAACACCGUUUAACAAUCGUUUGAUAUCAUCAACACCCGAUCCCGAUAAAAUACCAGAUGACGAUAGUUCCCUCCCUUUACAGACAAUACCAGAACUCGACAAAAGGAUGCGCGACUCUCUACCAGCGUCUGUCACCCAGAGUUACGCUAGGAAUAUGAUGCGACCAAUUGCUCAAGCUCAUUCAUCUCAAGGCCAAAAUUAUGUUCACAUCCACCGAAUAACCGAUCCUUCCGUCAUCAAACAUAAUGUUGUCAAUAGCAACAAGGAGAUGACUCAAAAUGAAAACAUAUCAGCCAAUCACAGACCUGAAUAUUUUGCACCUCCACAACAGAGACGGGUUCAGUUGUUAAAACCGGGUAAGCGUUGCUAUAGCAACGAUGAAUUGACCUAUGGUCAUAGGGGUAGCGAAACUCCGUUAGAUUUAUCUAAUCAAAAGCUGUCCGAAGCAGAGAAUUCCAUUUCGUCCAAACCACGUCCACUCAGUACAGAUAGUAUUAUGGAUCUUCGGAACAAGAACCUCAUAAAUUUCGACUCGGAAGAAGAAAGACAACGGAGGCAGGAAGAGAGAAGAGGUAGCAACAUUGAAGAUUUAAAAUGUUAUUUAGAAAGAGAUGAGGAAGAUGAUAUAUUUUCACCACCAACUGUUCUAAAAGCACCCAAACAAACGCGGAAAUCUUUAAACGAAAUAUACGAGAAUCAGAGCGAGCAGAGUCCCAAGAGGCAGGAAAGUUUUGGAUUUCGAUCCAUGGAUUCACAUCAUCCUGUACAGUCAUCUCCAGAAAAGGGGCCACAAGUUCCAGACUUUCAGGACAAUUUGAAACAUUUUCAAAAGGCUGCACAGAAUUCCAUGACAACACUAGGUUCAAUGCCACAAUCAACAACCCAGACAUCGCCCAAAAGUUCAGAAGUACAAAAUUAUCCCUCCGCUGUGAAAAAUAAAAAGUUUAUCAACGCGGAUAUUUGUGUUACGCCUAUGCCCAGUCCUCUUCGAAUGCCUGAACCACGUGCCCGAGCCAUACUUGGAAGACCACAUCAUGCCAUCAGUCCGGAAUCUGACCAAACCGCACAUCCCUUAUCUCGAGAAAUUGUCAGUCCACAAUCAAAAACAAGUCCCAAUCGAUCCAGUCCUCCGCAGAGAAGCUCAAACAGCCCAGAACAAUCCAGUCCUCCUCGUCAAUUUGAACUGACAGGAAAUUUUUCUCCACAGUUUUCCCCACCUCGAGAUGUUGUGAUGCAGGUGAAUUUUCAAGGUGAAGUUGAAUGGAAGUCACGACCGUAUAAAGAAACAUCGCCUGUCUCCAAGCCAAUGAUAACACCAGCAAAAUAUCAGCGAGGUAUUGAAGAGGAGGACGAACCGUAUAUAAAUGUUGUGGAUUAUCCUAAAGAUGAGGAAACGGAGGAACAAGCAGACGUGGAGAGACAUCCAAUCACAGAUUUACCACCACAAUUUGCUCGACUAGCUCAUCUCUCGGAAACUCCCGCAAAUUCACCGAUACGGUUUCCCCGGCCUCGAUCCUACAGUUCUUCACGACUGUCGGCUCUAUCCCAGGAGGGCAAUAAUCAUCCAAGUAAAAAGUCUGACCAUCCUUUUUUAAGGACUAUUUUAUCGGAGAAUGAAACAGAAUUGCCCCAGGCGCAAAACCACUCUUAUGAAUCACAUCCUGGGUUUGAAAACGAAAAAUAUCCGCAGCAAUCAACCUCAUUUCCCUCAAAACCUGUCACUGCCCUACCACAUCAUUUGUUACACGGAACUCCCAUGAACUCACCGAUACGUCCUGUGUUUAAUGGAAGAGCCGAUAUACCUCCGGUAAAGGGGAUGGAAUCGAAGAUAGAUAACGAUCAAGCUAUACCUACAACUAGCGAUCCUAUUGGUGCCGUCAAGAAGUUACGUUGGUUGUUGACGGAGUUGUUGGAAGUCUGUGAUAUAGAUGGUGAUCCGGAUAUGUGUCAGUUAGCCCAAGAUUUAUCGAACACGGUAGAAUCUAUACCACAACUUAAACUAACAUUUAAUAUACAGACGGAGAUAGAUCUUGCUUUACAACCAUUACGCAGUGAAAACAGUCAACUUAGAAGGAGACUAAGAAUUGUAAAUCAACAAUUGAAGGAAAGGGAGAGGUUAGAAAAAGAAGCUACCACGCAACCUGGCGUCAAUUUUCAAGUUUUACAUCUUCAAUCUAGUCAUAAUACUUUACAACGCCAACUUAAAGAGGAGAGAGAGACCAGAAGUAAACUAUCUAAACAGCUGGAAGAGUUGGAUAGAGAGAAGGAUAAAUUAAAACAAGAAAGACAGCAGUUAGUUUUGGCUCUAGGAGAAAAGGAUAAUGAUCGUUUAAAACUGCGACAAGAGAACUGUCAGGAGAAUCAGAAACUACGUCAAGAUUUAGCCCUGGCCCAGACUCGUACAGAAGGAAGUGGUUUAAAACUAGAAGCAGCUGAUAGAGAAAAUCAUAUCCUGAAGAUCUCGUUAAAACAGCGCGACUCGGAGAUUGAACGUCUGCAAGAAGUUGUGCAGACAUUAAAGGACGGUGUAAAUGAAGUGUUAAGUUGUGUAGAGAAGAAGCCUAUUAAUGGUAAUUAUGUGUCACAUGAUGGAGGGGGAACUAAUGGAGAAUUACAGAAAUUAUUACAUAUAGUACAACAAGAUGAUCGACCAUCUAGUCCAACAAAAAGUAUUCAUUCUGACCCAGGCUCUGUGACGAUCACGAAGCCGUCAGCAAUCAAACAGCUCCGAUUUACAUCAACAGAUACAUCGCCACUUACCCAAGAUGCGUUGGCAGAACAUGACAGAAUGCUCACAAAAAUAGGACGAUCUCAAACCGCCAUGACAAACAAGACUACAAAUGGCUAUAAAAGACUGGGUGAAAAGGACGAACUAAAAACGGACAGAAAUGGAAACGUGAGAGAUAGUCACAUGAUCAGUAAAGAGCCCAAUGAUGUUUCUCGGUACAGCGUUACUGAUUAUUUCAAGAAAUAUCCCAGCAUUACGAAUAACGAUGUCAAGGAAACGGUAAAUGAUUCAAAUCCACGUCUUUCCCUUAAUUCUACCUCUAUGACAGAAGAUGUGUAUAAAGGGGGAGAACUCAAUAUUUCUCUUAGUUCAAUACAGGAAGAUGUCCAGUCUGUGAUGUCAUCAAUAUCCGAGUCCUCGUCAUCCACUGCAGUCGAUGACACCGCAUUUAGAGAAGGAAUCGCAACCCUCGAUGCCAAUAUUGCCAAAGUCCAAGAAGCUUUACAACGAACCAAAAAGAUUUUUUCUUAAAGAAAUUUAACUAAGCCAGUCGGAAGCUGAUUGAGAUGAAGGAGCCAAUCAGAAACUUUUGUUGUGUAUUACUUGUAGCCUACGUUGAUCAUGUCUUAAAGUCUUGCUCAUCCAGGCCCUUUAUGAUUUUUUUGAGGGUCUGACGGAAGCCAGUCAUUAUUCUUUAUUUCUGUUAACUACCUUAAAUAAACACGGUUGUGAGACGGUGAAAAGGGGAGACUACUCCCUGGUCACCUGUCCGUAUUCCAUUACAUAUCUGUCAAACAAUUAUACACCGUAGCUGCAUUACUUAUGUAAAAAAAAUGCAAUUUUUUUGUCAAAUUAUUUUCUUAUAUUAGUGCUUUUUUGUUAACCAAUUCUGAUUGAGUAUUUUUUAUACCUGGAUUUGAACACUGAGUUAAAAACUCCAUUAGUAGACUUGUUUUAAAUAAAUGUGAAAGUAAAGCUCUCCAUGUUCGAUAUUUCUUAAAGGAAAAUUGAAAAUUGUCGAGAUGCGCAAGUCUCUUAAGUUAUUAAAGAAAUGACGAAAUUAAAUAUUUGGGGAAGAAAGUUGAAUACAUCAAAACCAUGUUUUGUCUAAGAUUUGUCUAAGUCAAUGAUAUAAGAAAAAUAUUUUGUUAAUUUUUAAUUGAAAUGAACCAAAAAGGAGAGAUUUUUGAAAAAGUAAUUUGAUUGAAGUGGGAUUAUUAUUAU